AUGACACAAGAGAGUGCUCUUAGAUUGCUUGACCCAUCUGACAAGCAGAACGUCCCAAAGGCAGUCUCGCUGAUGCAACACUUGUCACGAGUGGAGGCACUUCCUGAACCAACUAACCCAACAGAUGCACACAACCGUCAUGUUUUGUCUUUCUUUGCAAAGACACUGAACUAUUUUGUUGCACCAUUCAUUACGGUGAAUAUGAGUCUUUCCGAGCAAGUCCGCUCCCUUGCCGUCUACGCCCAUCUCGCUGCUGCUCUCCAAAUGAAACAUGGCACAGCAUGCUUCACAGGUGCUCUAUACACUGACUCACAGUCUGUCGUAAAGAAUAUCAUAUUCACCAUUGCUCGCAUGCAGCUCAUUAACCCCAAUCUUAAAUUCUAUAUCAUCCUGGAAGGGAGUGAUCGACUGGAGAUUGUUUUCUCAGACUGUCGUACACAGGACCACGGUCGAAACUUUGACACCAAACACCUCUCAGAAAAACUGAGUCUUCUAUUCCUGACACAUUCUGCCUAUGAGCGUAACCCAGAUCUUGAUCGCGGGCAUCGACGGCUCAGCUUAAAAGAUGCUCUCGGUGUUGACCACUGCAACCCUCGAUCAUGGACAGAUUCAGUACAUGUGGGGGACGUUGCUCUUGAAAGCGAGUGGAAUGAAGCACGCCAACUUGCAACCAACCUCCUUGAGUCAGAACUCGGACCGGAUGCU